CAUUUCUCGACAUAAAAUUGCACUUACGCACAAAAUAUUAAUCUCAAAGAUAUAAACAACCGGCAAAUAAUGUUAAAAUCAUUAAAAAAGCUUCUCAAAUGUAGAGCUAUUCUCAAAACCCAAAAGCGUCAUCAGGGAAGUGAAAUAAACGUAUUUAUAAACGGCAAAGCGAUAACCGUACCCAGUUAUUUCACAGUUCUCCAGGCGUUGAGAAGAGAACGUGUUACAAUACCAUCCUUCUGUUACCACGAGAGGUUGUCCAUAGCAGGAAACUGUAGAAUGUGUCUCGUACAGAUAGAGGGUAUGUGGAAACCACAAAUAGCUUGCGCAUUACCAGUCUCCAAGGAUAUGAAAAUUCGAACCAAUUCAGAAACGACUUUGAAAGCCCAAGAGAGUGUUCUGGAGUUCCUUCUAGUAGACCAUCCACUGGACUGUCCGAUAUGUGAUCAGGGAGGCGAAUGUGAUUUACAGGACCUUUCGAUGAGAUUCGGAAGUGAUCGCACUAGAUUCACAGACAUACACUUCCAAGGUAAAAGGGCUUUGGAGAGCAAAAAUCUUGGGCCAUUCAUUCGAACAGAAAUGACUCGUUGCAUCCAUUGUACACGCUGCAUACGAUUUGCUUCCCAGGUUUGUGGAAUGGAUGUCUUAGGCUCCACUGGUCGAGGAGGAGAAAUGCUAGUAGGCACGUAUAUCGACAAAUUCUUUCUCUCCGAGCUAUCUGGAAAUAUUAUAGAUUUAUGUCCAGUUGGAGCUCUAACUAACAAACCGUACAUGUUUAAAGCUAGACCUUGGGAGCUUACACGAACUGAUUCUAUUGAUUGCACCGAUGCUACUGGAACUAACAUUGCAUUAAACCAUCGAUUCAAUAGAUUGUUGCGUAUUCUACCUCGAGAAAAUGAUGAAGUUAAUCAGGAGUGGCUAUCUGAUAAGGGUCGGUGGGCUUUUGACGCUCUUGAAAUGCAGAGACUCGUGACUCCGAUGUAUAGACAAGAAGAUAAAUUAUGUCCGAUAGAAUGGCAUUAUGCUUUAAAGAAAGUAGCUAAGUUAAUUAAAAGUGUUUGUCCUCCCAAGUUAUUGGCGGUAGCUGGACCGUACUGUAACGCUGAAACGUUGGUAGCCGCUAAAGAUUUACUAAAUAUAUUCGGCAGCGAUCACACUUACGUCGAACGGGGUUUGUCUUAUUCAGGGACGGGUAUCGAUAUUAGGGCGGCUUAUUCCCUCAAUGUAAACAUGAGAGACGUUGAAAUAGCCGAUAAAAUUUUGCUUAUUGGUACAAACCCUCGAUUCGAAGCUCCGAUAUUAAAUGCGCGUAUCAGAAAAGCUUAUACCCAUAACGAGUGUGAUAUCUACGCGAUUGGACCGAAUUGUCAGUAUAAUUAUUAUGUUGAAUAUCUUAAAGAUGUGCCGUCUGCAGCGAAUUUAAUGAAAGAUGCCAAACGGCCUUUAAUAUUUGUUGGGAUUGAUCAAUUACAAACUUCUUGCGCAGUUGGUGUUAUGACUGAGGCAUAUAAAUUGGCAAGUUGUUUGAAUAAAAAAGAAAAGGAUUGGACAGUUGUGAAUGUUGUGACUAGGGAAGCUAGUUUCGCUGCAGCUCUUGAAGCUGGGUGGAAACCAGGAGCUUUGGACGCUUUGAAGAGCUCAUGUCCCAAUGUAGUGAUAUCUUUGGGGGCUGAUGAAGUAUUUUAUAAAUGGGAACCACCGGAAGAUUGUACGGUAAUUUAUAUUGGAUUUCAGGGAGACAAAGGAGCUGAAACAGCUUCACUCAUCUUACCUGGUAGUGCCUAUACUGAGGCUGGAGGUACUUACCUAAAUAUGGAAUGUCGUAGUCAAUACGCUUAUCCAGCUAUCACGCCUCCAGGUAAAGCUCGUUUCGACUGGAAAAUAAUAAGAGCGAUUGCAGAGUAUGCCAACAUAUGCCUGUUCUAUUGUGAUACAGAUUCCAUUUGCGUGAGAAUGAACCAAAUCAGUCCCAAUUUCGUUAAUUUGGGGAAGUACCAAGAGAAGCUGUUUUCUGAACAUAUUCCCAAGAUGAUGAAGAAGAUAGACCCUGGAGUCAAGAGUCAGAUGCAUAUUCAGAUGAAAAUGCUGAAGGAUUAUUACUGCUCGGAUAUUUUGACUUCAAAUUCUCCUUUGAUGGUCAAAGCUCAGAAGGCAGUGGAUAAACUGGAGAGUUCUGCUUAUGCAGUUAUAUAAUUUU